GUGGGGCUGUACUUCCAGAUCUCAAAACGAUUGAAUUGCCUCUGACGUCACCAGCACCAGAAAAGACCAAAGGGACUGAAAGAGGAGAGAGAGGUAGAGAGUGAUAAAAAAAAAAAAAAAAAAAUCUGGAGGAGCUGAGUAGUUUAUUCUUUAAAGGACAAAUGUAGGUCGUAGACGUCUGUGGUUAUCCGUUUUCUUUCUUUUUUAACAUUGAAGUUUCUCUAGAAGUUUGUAGCAGCAACCGCCUCGAAACACACUCCAGCGCCCGACAGAGAUAAAAAAGAACAGAAGAAAAGAUGGUGUCGUGGAUUAUCUCUAGAACAAUAGUGCUACUUUUUGGAACCUUAUACCCUGCAUACUCUUCCUACAAAGCUGUGAAGACAAAGAAUGUUAAAGAAUAUAUCGGCCAGGGUGUCCUCGGCUCACCUGCUGCGUGGUCCUCAGAUGCUGUAACACUGAGGAAGCUGCAUGGCGCGGCUGCUGAGUGAAAAGAAGCGAAUGGCUGAUGGCACACGUUUCGGAGGACAUGUGUGUUCGUCUUCAUCUCUCCCGAGUCAGCGCGGAGGUGGCAGCGGUUCGCUGGAUGAUGUAUUGGAUCGUCUUUGCUCUCUACACCGUACUUGAAACAAUCACAGACCUCACAGUUUCUUGGUUUCCACUCUACUAUGAACUGAAGAUUGCAUUUGUAAUUUGGCUGUUGUCUCCAUACACCAGAGGAGCCAGCCUUCUCUACAGGAAAUUCCUGCAUCCCCUUCUUUCUUCAAGAGAAAGGGAAAUUGAUGACUACAUUGUUCAGGCCAGAGAACGUAGUUAUGAGACCAUGGUAAAGUUUGGCAAGCAGGGAUUAAAUAUAGCAGCAACAGCAGCUGUCACUGCAGCUGUUAAGGGCCAGGGUGCUCUUACGGAUCGCCUGCGAAGCUUCAGUAUGCAUGAUUUGACAGCCAUACAGGGGGAUGAACCAAUGCAGCAGCCUUUCCCAGGCUUACCUGAUCGCAGAAAGAAAACCAAAAUCUCAAACUUCGAGGCUUCUGACUAUGACUACAGCUUCAACCAGGAUACUGGAGAGGAAAUAAGUGAUAAAGAGAUUGAAGGAGCUUGCUCGGAGGAUGAAGCAUUGGCACAGAGAGGUGUCAGGAGAUCCCAGAGUGUAAAACUGACAAGAUUAAGAGCUCGCAAAGAUAUACGGUACGGAUCUCUGAAGAUAAAAAAAGGAAAAAGACCACUCUUGAAUACAGUGAAUUAUGAACAAUAAAAUUUGCUCUACUUUUUCCUGGGCCGGAUUACUGAGUUAAGCACACAAUUGUUUGGAGAAGUCCUUAUUUUUUUAUUUAUUUUGUUUUGGUGGAGGGUCUGUUUUUUGCAAUUUCAAAGCUGCACAGAUUUGCUUUUUAGUUGAAGAAUUAAAUGUUUCAAAGUGUGUAUCGUGACGUUUUGUCAGAGUAUGCAAGUGAAACGCUGAAUCAUUGUAUGUCAGCUUUUUUUUUUUGUAUUUUGUAAGCUGCACUGCUGAAAUCGGUGUGUGUUUGUACUUGGUAUGAAUUUUGUUUACAGUUUACAUGUUUGUUUUUAACUUUAUGGCCUUUAUGUUUUAUAUAUUUGUACAGGACUGCCUUGUUUUCCAGUAUUUAAAUUUUAAACAAUACAUUCUUUGUUUUAUAUACAAUUUCCCCCUCCUUGCUGCCUAUGGAGAGACUUUUUGGAACUUUGUAGUGCCUUGCAGUAUUGUCAAGGGAAUGUUUUUUUAUGCAUAUUUAACAAUUAUUUUGUAAUAUUUCAAUGUCAUUCAGAUCAUUGUGAUUGUGUGAUGCAAGGCGGAUCAUUGGCUCAGCUCAGCAUAGCAAGGAACCUCAUACUGACCCUCUGCGUGCUGGUGAAUCUGUUCACUUCAAAGCUAGGAUCCAAGAUUUCUGAAUACAAAAUCCUAGCCUGGCAUUCCACUAUGAAUAUGUAUGUUUGCCCUAGGAGGGAGGCUGGAUUGUGAAGUCAAUGUUUAGUUCAGUUGCAUGAUUUCAUUUUAGGUUGAGACAAGGCCUUUCUUUUCUCUCCACUCUUAUACCUUUUCAUGUUGCAAGAGUCAUCUCAAUGUGGAAUGUAUAAAGGGUGUGGAAAACUGUACAUUGCUCCUUGCAGUACUAUGCACACCCCGACACGUUUUGAGGUAACUGAAAGAAUCUGCUAAUUGCAAAACAAAAUGUUGAGUACCAUAGUGAUGUCAUUUGUAUUAACUUUAUUUAAAACAAAAAAAAAAAAAAACACAUUUGGUACAUUUUAUUGCACAAAUUAAAUUAUAGCUUUAAUGUAAUAGACGACAGGCUAUUAAAAAGCUUCAUUAGAACUGCAUAACUCUUCUGACGGUAAGAUUUCAUAACCGUAACCAUUAGACAAAGCAAAUCUUGGCACAUUACAGUAUGUAACAAAGGCAGUGAAUACUAAUAUGCAAUUAACAGGUUUAUUCUGGUUUCAAUUUAGAAUUGAGACCUAGAAAGUCUAGAUAACUAGCAAAUCCCUAUAAUGUACUCUUCUCCUUUUGAGAACAUUUUUUAAAAAUAAAUAAAUACUUGGGUAAUGAAAGUUUACUUGAUAUUUGUGCAUCAAAGCUUUUACUUUUUGGGGGAAUUAAAAGAAUGAAUCACAUUUCACUGUUGUAAUGAAUUUCAAUUAAUUGUGUAUUUUGCAAGAGAUUUGUAAAAAUUACGGGUAAAAUGUAUAGAUAUUAAAAUGUCGUUUAAGUUUG